GCUGGUGCUGGGCAGUCGUUGGGUGGGAGGUAGUGGGGUUGUGGGGGGUGGUGUUACUCGUUCGCUGCCCGCAGGGAGGAGUCGUGCGGACCCCGCCGUUCCCUGGGGUGCCCAUGGGCUGUUGAGCGGAGCCGAACUCGGGGCGGCCAAGCCGGGGGCCAUGGCUGAGGAUUAUUGGGACCAGCCGCGUUGAACCACCCCCCCCCCCAGCCCCCUGCAGCCGCCGCCGCCGGGCGGCCCCUGUCCCGGCCCCACCAUGGAUCGCAUGAAGAAGAUCAAGAGGCAGCUGUCAAUGACGCUGCGGGGCAGCCGGACAGCUGAGAAGAGCCUCAGCGACCAGAUCAACACUGAGGAAAACAACAGCAGUGACAGUGGCCCCGGGCGGCCCUGGGGCUCCUCCCGCAGCCUCCACUCGCUCCUGCCGCGCCGGCCCCGUCUGGGCAUCACUCGCAGCCUCAGCGCCCAUGGCCCCCGCAGCGCUCCCCUAGAGAUGGUGCAGGAGGACCUGAAGAUGGGCUCGGAUGGGGAGAGCGACCAGGCCUCAGGAACAUCUUCCGACGAGGUGCAGUCGCCUGUACGGCUCCGCCUACGGCCCAGCACUGCCCGCAAGAUCUCCACUGAGGACAUCAACAAGCGGCUGUCACUGCCGGCUGACAUCCGCCUGCCUGAGGGCUACCUGGAGAAGCUGUCGCUCAACAGUCCCCUCUUUGACAAGCCACUCAGCCGGCGACUGCGCCGCGUCUCCCUGUCAGAGAUUGGGUUCGGGAAACUGGAGACCUACGUGAAACUGGACAAGCUGGGAGAGGGCACAUAUGCCACAGUGUACAAGGGCCGCAGCAAACUGACUGACAACCUGGUGGCACUGAAGGAGAUUCGGCUGGAGCACGAGGAAGGGGCACCAUGCACUGCGAUCCGCGAGGUGUCCCUGCUGAAGGACCUGAAACAUGCCAACAUUGUGACGCUGCAUGACAUCAUCCACACUGACACCGCCCUCACCCUUGUCUUCGAGUACCUGGCUUGGCCCUGCCCCCAGCAGAUGACUUCCUUCCCUCCACCCCAGGACAAGGACCUGAAGCAGUACCUGGAUGACUGUGGCAACAUCAUCAACAUGCAUAAUGUCAAGCUGUUCCUGUUCCAGCUGCUGCGGGGCCUGGCCUACUGCCACCGCUUGAAGGUGCUGCACCGUGACCUGAAGCCCCAGAAUCUGCUCAUCAAUGAGCGUGGGGAGCUCAAGCUGGCUGACUUUGGCCUGGCACGGGCCAAGUCGAUUCCCACCAAGACGUACUCCAACGAGGUGGUGACACUGUGGUACCGGCCCCCGGACAUCCUGCUGGGCUCAACUGACUACUCCACUCCCAUCGACAUGUGGGGUGUGGGCUGCAUCUUCUAUGAGAUGUCCACAGGCCGCCCGCUCUUUCCUGGCUCCACUGUUGAGGAGCAGCUGCACUUCAUCUUCCGAAUGCUCGGGACCCCCACGGAGGAGACAUGGCCAGGCAUCCUGUCCAAUGAGGAGUUCAGGGCCUACAAUUACCCCAAGUACCGCCCAGAAGCCCUGCUCAGCCACUCCCCCCGGCUGGACAGUGACGGGGCUGACUUGCUGGGGAAGCUGCUGCAGUUUGAGGGGCGCAAGCGGGUCUCAGCCGAUGAUGCUAUGCGGCACCCCUUCUUCCAGAGCCUGGGCGAGCGUGUCACCAAGCUCCCAGACACGACAUCAAUAUUUGCACUAAAAGAGAUCCAGCUGCAGAAAGAGACAGGGCUGCGCUCGGCCUCCCUCCCCGACUCCGUGAAUGGGCAGAACCGCCGGCCCAGCCUGCUGCUGUGACCUUGCCCCCUGGACACUGAGGGAGUGGAGCUGGAAUAAAGCCCUCCCCCAGCCUGGCUUUCUCCCCAGCCUGAAGCCUGAUCCUUCACACAGGACACUGCAUGUACAUGGGGCAGGGAAGGGGGUGCAGGGGCUGGUCGGGGGGGGGGGGGGCAGGCUCUGCCCUCCCCCUUGUUCCUUCUCCUAGGUCUUAUUUGUUCAUGGCAAUAUUAUAAAUAGAGACUCCCCCCACAUCUGGAAGUGGGCAGGGGCAAAUGCAGGUGUCUGGGGUGAAGAGAGGGGCCAGCUGCUGCCCCCCCAACCUGAGGGGGGACCUAGGUGUGGGGGAGGGGCCAGCUGACCCACUCCCAGACACGAAGCCCAGUUGUCUGGGUGAGGGAUGGGGCUGUCAGGGGGCUGCUUCCACCCCCAACCCUCAUGGGGGAACCCAGGUCCCAGGGGUGUCUUGCUCCUCCAGCUACCUCCUCAUCCACAACACCCCCCCCCCCCCAAUCAAUAGAUCCAGGGCUGCUAAGGGAUCCCCUGUCUUACGCGGGGUGGGGGGACGUUACUCAGGCUACAUAGCUCAGGAUCGAGCCCCUCUCCUCCCCCCCUCACACACUUCUAGGCCCUGCCUCCUACUCCAGUACACCCUUUCUGAGGUGGGGGGUCAGCUGCUGCAGGGGAUGCCCUACCAUAUAUCUAUCUAUCUGUAUGUAUGUAGGUAUGGACAUGUGUGCGUGUGUAUAUAUGUACAUAGGCGCCUUUUUAUAUGCUGCAUGAGCCAUUAGCAGGUCCAGAAGUAUUUGCCCUAUGCCAGAGCCAUAAGCGCAGGUGUUCUUGAGAAGAAGCCCCCUCCUCCCAUAACAGGCUGUCACCUCUGGGACACCACAGUGGCCUGGCCAAUGCAAAAACUGCAGGCCUGGCCCGGAGGUGCCCAGCUCUGGGUGCAGUGGGGCCCAGGGUACAUGCAACCAGCUCUUGGGUGGAUCAGCAGUGCUGGGAGUGGGUAGAGCAGGGGCUGCCUUGUGCCAAGAUGAUCCCAGCCCCGGGUGGGGGGGGGCAGCUAAGUAUAACACCAAUAAAGGCUGCUCUGAGCUGUACCCUGAAGGGGAAGAGCCUCCAUUCACCCUCUGUGCUGGGGCCCUGUGUGGGUUAGGGAAGGGGGAAGACUGGAAGGGGCGGGGGGGGGGGGGCACAGUUCUGCCUGGCACAGGAAAAGUUAACUCUUCUUCAUUUACAUAUCCUGCUGGGAGGUUCUAGUCUAUGGCUCAGCAGAGCCACCCCCCUCCUCCCACAGCACCUGGGUUCCCCCCAGCCCCACUUCCCCAUGCCAGGUAUGUCUGGGUGGGAACAUGCCGUAUCUAAUGUAUGGACAUGAAUAAAAGUCUCCACAGAA